AUGGAUGACAAGUACAAGUUAGCGCAUGAAGCAUUCGUUAAGAACCCAACUGGUUCUACGAUAUUAGCAACAUCAUUAGUAUUGAAUAUUAUACCUAUAUCAGUACUGUUCCAAAGAGUUAUGUUUGCAUCAAUCUUUGACAACAAUGUAAUCUUCCCUAAACCUAUUAGAUUUAUGUUAGAGUUCAUGACCAUUAUCAUGCCGUUCCUAGCAGCGGUCACCUUCAAUGAUAUGGUACCAUCACUACUUAUAUUAAUGUUAAUAUCAUCUCUAUUGAUGCCUCUAUUUGCAAAGCCUAAUUCAAAGCAAUACUACUUUGAUGAUAACAAAGAACUACUUAGACUUAUGAACUCCCCACGUAAGGGAUUCAUUGAGGAGUAUAGAGCAUUCAUUAUGAUUGCUACCGUCAUCUGUAUCCUUGCUGUAGACUUCCCAGUCUUCCCAAGAAGUUUCGCAAAGACAGAGACCUUUGGUAUCUCUUUGAUGGACAUUGGAGUUGGAUCAGUUGUAUUAUCUGGCGCUAUGGUAUCAAGGAAUGCUAGAUCCGAGGCAUUGAAGAAUAAGGUCACAUCGACAGAGACCAACAAGAAGUUGUCAAGGAGUGCACUGGCAUAUCAUGCCUUUGUAUCCAACCUGCCAUUGAUGGCAUUGGGCUUCAUUCGCCUAGUGUUGACCAAGUCUACAAACUACCAGGAGCACGUCACAGAGUACGGCAUUCACUGGAACUUCUUCUUCACACUGGGAUUCGUAUCAAUCCUGCUCUCAUUCCUCAAGUUCUCACCCAACGUCAACCUUGUAGUUGGCAUCGUGGUUAUUGGUGCCUAUCAGAUUCUAUUGUCCCAGUUUGGCCUCAGUGACUACAUCCUUAACCAUCCACGUGACAGUCUGAUUGCUGCCAACAAGGAGGGAAUAUGCAGUCUGGCUGGUUAUCUCUCGCUGCACCUCAUUGGAACAAAGUUGGGUGCCUCUAUCUUUGGCAAGGAACGCACGACGAUGGGUCAAUGGCGCGCGUUUGCCAUGAAGCUCAUGCUGGCCGGACUCUUCCUGUUUGGAGUUCUGAUAUGGGCCGAGUCCGCCAUCCAACCUAUCAGCCGCAGGAUGACCAACUUGACCUACGUCCUGGCUAUCUUGGCGCUAAACAUCUUCAACUUCUCGCUCAAUAUGAUGGUGUCACUCGUCACUGCCAGCCACAUACAUCCAUCGAUCAUUGCUGCCGGUGUCAACAGGAAUCAGUUGUUUGUGUUCCUGCUAGCCAACAUCCUCACUGGCAUCGUCAACUUUAGCAUGCACACCAUCUAUGCAACACAAGAGAAUUCCAUGUACGUCAUUGCUGGCUACACCUUGUUCCUCACCAUUGUGCCAGUUAUUAUGGACUACAAGAACAUCACAAUCAAACUAUUC